GUUUGUUAUGAGAAGUAUAACGAGAAAUGAGAGUGAGCGAAAGAGACACUUCUACCACUACUCACCCAGUUCACCAUCAUUGACACAACAAACACAACACUAGCUUCAUUCAUAGCUUUCCCGAGAGAGUGAGAGAGAGAGAGACAGAGACAGAGAGAGAGAGGGUGUGCUUCUGCACGUUCGUUUUCCGUGGAAAUCUGUGUUAACGUUUUGGCGUUUUGUUUGUUAUAUCCGGAAAAGAAAAAAAAGGUUUUGACAUGGCACUGAGGUUUCUGGAAAAAAAAUAUAAGCCAAUUUGAAUUGGUCAUGGUUACGCUGGGAAAGGGAAAUGCUUGUCUCUUUCAGAGUUCAAAUGUGAGAUCUAAUAAUUGAAGUCUCUGUUCAAAACUUCUUCUUCGUCUCCGUUCAAAUCUGCUGUUCUUUUUUUAUUAUUCCUUUUUCUUGGCUAUUCUCUUUGCCACACCAAUAAUUAUCUGGUGUUUUGGGUUCACUGGGAGUGUAUUUUCGUUGUAGAUUUCACAUUGGCUGUUCACUACACUGUACAGAUUGCAGGCCAGGUUCUGCUGUGGGUUGUGUCCAUCGCUUGUUUUGUCUCAACCUGUGUCAUCAUUUUCUUCAUAACUCUCCAUGUUCCUCUACCUGUCUCUUUUUUUUUUAAAAAAAAAAUUGUCACUCUCAAUUAUUAGUUUUAUUUUAUUUUAUUAGUAUUUGGGUUAGUUUCUUUGUUGCUCAUUGCUUAUUAAAUUACUGGGUUUUUGAGCUUCUUCUGGUGGGAACCUUUCUGGGGUUUAGUAUCCGUUUCUUGCUUUAUUUGUUAUUUAAGUUUUACUUGGUACUUGUGUCAUGAAUUACCAAGUUUCGGGGUAUUUGUGCAGUAGUUAAUGGUGGUUGUUUUUGAAGAUGCCGUGAGUUUAGUAUUAUGUAGAAAGUGUUCUAGUGAGUUGAGCCUGCUUUGAGAUUUGGGGUUGGGAAAAGUUGCCAUUUUGAAUCCUAGUUUUAGCAGUGGCAGUAAAGGGUUACUUCUGUGUCUUGAUGUUGUGUUAAAUUUUGUUUAUCAGUGGGAUAAAAGGAUAUAAAGAAUGAGUGGUGGCAGGAGGAGGAAGCUGCGCUUAAGCAAGAUCUACUCAUUUGCAUGCUGCAAGGCAUCUUUUGAGGGAGAUCAUCAUUCACAGAUUGGAGGAAAAGGUUAUUCCAGAGUGGUGUUCUGCAACGAGCCAGAUAGCUUUGUUGAGGACGGUGUUAAGAAUUUUGCAGACAAUUCAGUCAGAUCAACAAAAUAUACUCUUGCCACUUUCUUUCCCAAAUCUUUGUUUGAACAGUUUAGGAGAGCGGCAAACUUCUAUUUUUUGGUCACUGGCACCUUGGCCUUCACAAAACUUGCUCCAUACACUGCUGUCAGUGCUAUCCUUCCACUGAUUAUUGUUAUUGGGGCAACCAUGGUGAAAGAAGGUAUUGAAGACUUGUGCCGGAAAAAACAGGAUAUUGAGGUGAACAAUAGAAGAGUUAAAGUGCAUAAAGCUGAUGGUAUUUUUGAAUAUACUGCAUGGAAGAAUGUGAGGGUGGGGAAUAUAGUGAAGGUUGAGAAGGAUGAAUUCUUCCCAGCUGACCUCCUGUUACUAUCAUCCAGUUAUGACGAUGCAGUUUGCUAUGUUGAGACCAUGAACUUGGAUGGGGAGACAAAUUUAAAGUUAAAACAAGGGUUAGAGGUAACUUCUUCCUUACAGGAGGAUCUCCAUUUCCUAAAUUUUAAAGCUACAGUGAAAUGUGAAGAUCCAAAUGCAAAUUUGUACUCAUUUGUUGGGAGCAUGGACUUUGAAGAGAAAAAUAAUGCCCUUUCUCCUCAGCAACUUCUUCUCCGCGACUCUAAACUUCGUAAUACAGACUAUAUUUUUGGAGCUGUCAUUUUCACUGGUCAUGACACUAAGGUUAUUCAAAAUUCUACUGACCCACCUUCAAAAAGAAGCAGAAUUGAAAAGAAGAUGGACAGAGUCAUCUAUUUCUUGUUUUGCAUUUUAUUCCUAAUGGCAUUUGUUGGAUCUAUUUUCUUUGGCAUUGCAACUAAAGAUGACUUUCAAAAUGGGUUGAUGAAAAGAUGGUAUUUAACACCAGAUGAUUCUACUGUUUUCUUUGAUCCAAAAAGACCAGCUGCUGCUGCUUUAUUUCAUUGUUUGACAGCCUUAAUGUUAUAUGGGUUUUUUAUUCCCAUCUCUUUGUAUGUGUCAAUAGAAAUUGUCAAAGUCCUUCAGAGCAUUUUCAUCAAUCAAGAUAUCCAUAUGUACUACAGGGAAGCAGACAAACCAGCUCGAGCUCGUACUUCAAACUUGAAUGAGGAGCUUGGCCAAGUUGAUACAAUACUUUCUGAUAAGACUGGAACUCUUACCUGCAACUCAAUGGAGUUCAUUAAAUGUUCAAUUGCUGGGGUAGCUUAUGGCCGUGGUGCUACAGAGGUUGAGAAGGCCAUGGAUAGAAGAAAAGGUUCACCAUCAAUUCAUGAGCAUGAUAUUGAAUCAGAAGCAGAUAACAUUAGGGGUUCGCUAGAUAAAAGGGCACUCAUUAAAGGUUUUAACUUUGCUGAUGAAAGAAUAACAAAUGGAAAUUGGGUUAAUGAGCCUCAUGCAGAUGUUAUCCAGAAGUUUUUUCACCUAUUGGUGGUCUGUCAUACAGCCAUACCAGAAGUGGAUGAAGAGACAGGUAAUGUCUCAUAUGAGGCUGAAUCCCCAGAUGAAGCAGCAUUUGUGAUUGCAGCAAGAGAACUUGGUUUUGAAUUUUACAAAAGGGAUCAGACUAGUUUAUUGACAUAUGAGUUGGAUCCAGUUUCUCGCAAGAAAGUUGAAAGGAAGUACAAGCUUCUCAAUUGUUUAGAAUUCAAUAGCUCAAGGAAGCGAAUGUCAGUGAUAGUGGAAGAUGAAGAAGGGAAAAUUUUGCUUCUCUGCAAAGGUGCAGACAGCAUCAUGUUUGAAAGGCUUGCCAAGAAUGGGAGGGAGUUUGAAGAGAAAACCAUGGAGCAUGUGCAUGAGUAUGCUGAUGCAGGUCUACGAACCCUUAUACUAGCCUAUCGUGAACUUGAUGCAGAAGAAUACAAGGAGUUUGAUAAUAAAUUCUCUAUGGCAAAGAAUUUAGUUAGUGCUGAUCAGGAUAUACUGAUUGAGGAAGUAUCGGAAAAGAUUGAGAAGAACCUAAUUCUUCUUGGUGCCACUGCUGUAGAGGACAAGCUCCAAGAUGGGGUUCCUGAAUGCAUUGACAAGCUUGCCCGAGCAGGAAUUAAAAUUUGGGUUUUGACAGGGGAUAAAAUGGAGACUGCAAUCAAUAUUGGUUUUGCUUGUAGUUUGCUUAGACAAGGAAUGAAGCAGAUUAUAAUUCAUUUGGAUAGUCCAGAAAUUCAAGCACUAGAGAAGGAUGGAGACAAGAUGGCUAUUGCAAAGGCAUCAAGGCAAAGUGUACUCCUUCAGAUAUCUGAUGGUGCUGCACAACUCACUGCAUACAGAGGGAGCUCUCAUCAGGCCUUUGCUCUGAUUAUUGAUGGAAAAUCACUUGCUUAUGCAUUAGAAGAUAAUAUGAAGAACAUGUUUCUGGAGCUUGCGAUUCGCUGUGCAUCUGUUAUUUGCUGUCGCUCAUCACCAAAGCAGAAGGCAAUGGUCACUAGAUUGGUCAAAUCUGGAGCCAGGAAAACAACAUUAGCUAUUGGUGAUGGAGCUAACGAUGUGGGAAUGCUUCAAGAAGCAGAUAUAGGGGUUGGUAUAAGUGGUGUUGAAGGAAUGCAGGCAGUUAUGUCUAGUGAUAUUGCAAUUGCACAAUUCCGGUAUUUGGAACGGUUACUUCUGGUGCAUGGACAUUGGUGUUACCGGAGGAUCUCAUCUAUGAUAUGCUAUUUUUUCUACAAGAAUAUCACAUUUGGUUUUACUCUAUUCUUAUAUGAGGUGUAUGCAUCAUUCUCUGGACAAGCUGCAUACAACGACUGGUUUUUGUCUCUCUAUAAUGUUUUCUUUUCGUCACUUCCUGUGAUUGCACUUGGGGUAUUUGAUCAGGAUGUAUCCGCUCGGUACUGCCUGAAGUUUCCUUUGUUAUAUCAAGAAGGAGUACAGAAUGUUCUUUUCAGUUGGCGUCGAAUACUCAGCUGGAUGCUUAAUGGAUUUAUCAGUGCCUUAAUAAUUUUCUUCUUCUGCACAAAAGCGAUGGAGCUCCAGGCCUUUGAUGUGGAGGGGAGAACUGCUGGAAAGGAUAUACUGGGAGCAGCAAUGUAUACUUGUGUAGUUUGGGUUGUAAACCUGCAAAUGGCACUAGCUGUAAGUUACUUCACCAUGAUCCAACAUUUUUUCAUCUGGGGUUCCAUUCUUUUGUGGUAUCUUUUUCUCGUGGUAUAUGGAGCAAUGCCCCCACACUUUUCCACAAAUGCUUACAAAGUCUUCAUUGAAGCUCUUGCUCCAUCCCCUUCCUAUUGGAUUGUGACACUCUUUGUGGUGAUCUCCACCCUUAUACCAUACUUCUCACACGCAGCAAUUCGGAUGCGGUUCUUUCCCAUGUAUCAUGAAACAGUGCAAUGGAUAAGGUAUGAAGGGAAGAUUAAGGAUCCUGAGUUUUUGUCGGUUCAACAGCACGCAUAGCUGCUAAGUCUCACCACGUGAGAGACAAAUGUUAACUGUAGAUAAGAUAUUUUGACAAAUUAACCAUCAAAGAAUUUACUAUGUGUAUAGCUUCCUGAACCUUUUUUUUGUCUUUGCCUGUGGUCAUGGAAUCGAUUGCUGGUUCCUCUAAACCAGAAGAAUGUUGCCUAAAUCCACUUCCAUGUUUCGGCCAUUUGGUGCUGCAAAGCAUUCAUUUACUCUUGUAUCGUAGUAGUUACUGUAUAGAGACGCAAUAAUUCUUUGUAGGAUUGGAUAGAGCCGCUUGCUGUUGUAGAAAAGAGUUAUCCUGUUACUGAGAAGUUAUUUUUCGUG